GACGAAGUGCUGAAAUUAUUAGCUGCAGACAUCAUCUAUCCAAUCUCCGACAGCAAAUGGGUAAGCCCAACACAGGUAGUUCCAAAAAAAUCUGGUUUGACUGUCAUUGAAAAUGCUAAUGGAGAAUUGAUCCCAUCUAGGAAAGUAACGGGUUGGAGAAUGUGCAUUGAUUAUCGUAAAUCGAAUUCGGCUAGCCGAAAAGAUCAUUUCUCGUUACCUUUCCUAGAUCAGAUAUUAGAGAAAGUAGCUAGUAAUUCUUUUUAUUGUUUCUUGGAUGGAUUUUCUGGUUACUAUCAAAUUGCCGUAGCACCUGAGGACCAAGAGAAGACUACCUUCACUUGUCCCUUUGGCACCUUUGCUUUCCGCAGAAUGCCAUUCGGUCUAUGCAAUGCCCCUGCUACUUUCCAACGCUGUAUGAUGAGUAUUUUCUUUGAUAUGUUAGAUGAUAUGUGCGGAAUUUUUAUGGAUGACUUUUCUGUGUUCGAUAAGUCUUUUGAUUAUUGUUUGACACAUUUAAUUGCGAUUUUGAAAAGAUGUGAGGAAAAGAAUUUACUUCUAAACUGGGAAAAAUGUCAAUUUAUGGUACGUAGUGGUUUAGUACUUGGACAUUUGGUUUCUGAGCGUGGUAUAGAAGUUGACAGGGCCAAGGUAGAGUUGAUUUCUCAGUUACCUAUCCCUAAGACAGUCCGGGAUAUUCGCUCCUUCCUUGGUUAUGCCGGGUUCUAUAGACAUUUUAUUGAGGGUUUCAGUAGAGAGCUUAAACGUACCCCGGUCAUUUUGAGCUUCGCUGACCGAUCUGUGAAAGUACACCGAGGUGUUGUUGAGGAUAUCCUAGUGAAGGUCGAUACAUUCUAUUUUCCAGUUGACUUUGUUGUCUUAGAUAUGGAACCUACCGACUCGGCCAAGAAACAGAUCCUUAUCCUCUUGGGUCGAUCAUUCUUAGUCACGGCUAAUACAUGCGUCCAAUGUAGGACUGGUGUUAUGGAUAUAUCCUUUGGCAACAUGAAGCUCAGGCUGAAUGUGUUCUGUGCCUCCCAGCAAGCAUCUUAUGACGUCCCAUGCAAAGAUGUGGAUAUGGUCGACGAGUGUGUUGAGGAAGUUGCCCCCUCGACUCUUUUUAGGGAUCCCCUUGAGGCUAGGCUUCAAUUUGAUCGGUCUUCCAUCUUAGGUCUAGAGGACCCGUGUGAGCAUGCUUUUGUUGUCUGUAAUUUGGCCUUUAGCUUAAAGAAAAGGCCCUAUAAAUCUAAGUUCAAAACCCUUCGUACUCUCUCUAGCAUUCCAGAACGUCCUUUCAUCAAAGCCCCUUCAUCCCUUGAGUUGAAGCCCCUUCCGGCUUCCCUCAAGUUAAACCCCAAUGUGAAGGAGGUGGUGUUGAAGGAAGUUGUAAAAUGCCUAAAUGCUGGGAGAAUAUUUCCUACUUCUGAUAGUGAGUUUGUGAGCCCCAUGCAAGUGGUUCCCAAGAAAUUGGGAAUCACAAUUAUUGAAAAUGAUAAGGGUGAAGCUAUCCCCACUUGUGUCACUAGUGGGUGA